AUGGCGACAAGCAAGCCGCUGUACCUGGACACCCCGCUGGUGUACUCGAAGCACAUCUCGCAUGCGCUCGGGGCGAACGUCUACCUCAAGCUUGACUCCUACAAGUACCGCGGCAUCUCGCGCUUCGUCCAGAAGGCCCUCGAAGAGCACGGCCCGCACGUCCACCUCGUCGCCGCCUCGGGCGGGAACGCGGGGCUCGCGGCCGCCUGCGCGGGCAAGGCCCUCGGGCUGCGCUGCACGAUCUUCCUGCCCGAGGGCGCGUCGGCGUCAACGCUCGACUUCCUCAAGAUGGAGGGCGCGGAGGUCGUCGAGCGCGGGAGCUGCUACCAGCACGCGCUCGACGCGGCGAUCGAGCUCGUCCGGUCUUCGAAAGACGCCGUGAUGGUGCCGGCGUACGACGAGCCGCUGCUCUGGGACGGCCACGCGUCGAUGGUCGCCGAGUGCGCAGCGCAGCUGCCCGCAGGCGUGGCACGGCCCGACGCCGUCGUGUGCUGCGUCGGCGGCGGCGGGCUCGCAGGCGGCGUCAUGCUCGGGUGCGCGCGCGCCGGCUGGGACGCCGUCCCGCUCGUCGCGGUCGAGACGCACGGCUCGAGCUGCUUCUACCAGUCGCUCGCGCUCAACGCGGGGAGCGCGUUCCCCGGCGCGCCGCUGCCGCCGCGCGCGGGCACCGAGGCGCUGCACGACGCGGCGCACGACGUCCGCUACGCGCGCCUCGCGACGCUCACGUCCAAGGCGACGUCGCUCGGCGCGUCGUGGCCGAGCCCCGGCGUCGUGAAGAUGGCGCUCGAGAGGGCGGGCGGUGUCAGGUCGGUCUGUGUCUCGGACGAGAUGGCGAUGGAGGUCGCCGUGCGGUUCGCAGACGAACACAAGAUCAUGGCCGAGCUCGCAUGCGCGGCGACUCUCGCGCCCGCCUACUACAAAGAACUCUUCGACAAGCUUGUACCGCCGAAGCCGAACGGCGAACCACGUAACGUGAUCUUUAUCGUGUGCGGCGGCUUCAAGGUCUCUGUCGCGGAGCUCAUGGAGUAUGCCAAAACCGCGGCAGGAGACAAGGCACCAGACUGGGAGGUCUUGUGCAACGGAGAGCGGUGGAGUAUCUUGAAACAGUAGAACCGAAAACACAUUGGGUGCAUCUUACAAUGUAGAAUUCCCCAUAUAUCCUGGAGUUUUGUACGAAAAGCCAUCCUAUCUUUAAUGUCGGGUCUGUGUGCAUAGAGUUAACGUUACGAUGACUUUGUCGCGUCCGCCACCUCGCUCUCUCGCCGAGCCUUGGCUGCGAGUCGUUCUGCCUUGAUACGCGCCAGCUCUUCCUUGAGGGUUACUUUGUCGUUGGGUAGAUUCUGCAGAAUCCCGUGGUCAGAGGC